GCUUGCGUUCGAUCGGCAGUGCAAGAGCCACCAAGAUCGAUAGCUCCAUCGCCGGCGAGCGACGGAGAUGGCGGCGUCGCAGGCGUACCUCGACAAGGCGCAGCUCCGGCAGAGCUACCGCAACGUCUGGCACACCGACCUCACCAACGCCAUCACGGCCGACUUCACAUGCUGCUGCUUGUCUCUGUGGUGCGGACCAUGUGUGUCUUACAUGCUGCGCAAACGUGCGCUCUACAAUGACAUGUCGAGAUAUGUGUGCUGUGCUGGGUACAUGCCAUGCAGCGGGAGAUGCGGCGAGAGCAACUGCCCCGAAGUGUGCCUUGCAACCGAGGUGUUCUGCUGCUUUGGUAACUCGGUGGCUUCAACCAGGUUCCUGCUGCAAGAUGAGUUCAACAUUCAGACAACCCAGUGCGACAACUGCAUCAUUGGCUUCAUGUUUUGUCUCCAACAAUUCGCCUGCAUCUGUUCGCUGGUCGCUUGCAUCGUUGGCAGCGAAGAACUUUCCGAGGCCUCGCAGUUGAUUUCCUGCAUAUCUAACAUGGUCUACUGGACGGUUUGCUCUUGUAUGCAGACACAGCACAAGGUCGAGAUGGACAAGAGGGACGGCAAGUUUGGACCUAUGACAGUGCCUCCAAUGCAGCAGAUGUCUCGCAUCGAUCAACCGGUUCCGCCUUAUGUUGGGUAUGCGCCACAGGCACAGCCAGCAUACUACAGGUAGCCUGAUGGUGGCUAUCCAAGAGUUCAACAUACAGAUCAUGCAUGCUCAAGAUUUUCUGUAGCAAAGUGAAGGAUGGUGAUCAAGUAGAUACAUAGUGUUUGUGAGAAUGUGAAGUGUCUCUAGUUUCUUUAGGUGAUUUAGAUGUUUCAGAUUGGUAUUGAACUUGCGAUUUUUAUGUGGGAAUGGUGUGGGUUCUUACCUCUCUGUUCCUGAAACAUUCUUGUGUGAAUAAAAUUGGGGGCAUUGGAUGGUUUUGUAUUCCUCCAAAAGAAAAUCGAUGGACUUUAUUACUAUCUA